CUUGGCUCACUUUUCAUCCUAGUGUUUUGUUUCCGUGAGGGUGGUAGAAUUUAAAUGUCCAUCUCACGGUUAAGAACAUUUCUCAGUAACACUCGGAAGAUACCCUUAACUUACCAGUCAUGUAUGAACCAGCAUCAUUCCACUUUAUCAUCAUUCCCUAACAAACAUAAUGAAAAUGAUGCAGUUACGUCAACUUUACCUGACGAACGUUAUGGCAGUAAACAGUUUAGCUUCAGGGAUCCGAAACUUGCUCAUGUAGCUAAGUCCAAUUCAGAAAUUAUUCGUGCACUACUUGUGUUCAAAUUAUGCUCAUUCUCAACACUUGUAAAUCAUAACAAAAAGCUUAUGGAUAUUUCCAGAAAGGUUUUUGGAAGAUCCUUGUUUCGACAUAUAAUGAAGAUGACGUUCUAUGGGCAUUUUGUUGCAGGUGAAAAUGAAGCAAACAUUCAACCAUUAAUCAUGCGUCUCAAAAAGUAUGGAGUAAAAUCAAUACUAGACUACAGUGUUGAAAAAGAUAUACAAGAAGAUGAAGCAGUUCAAAUAGUCAAAAAGAGCUUGAGUGAAGUGUUACAGACCCCAGAGAAACGACCAGAAGCUGCAACUAAACAAUAUCAAAUCAGUCUUCGAUUUGCUAAUCGUACAAAACAAGUUAUUGCUGCUCGCUCAUACUUUUAUAAAUCUGAAUAUCAAUGUGAUCGUAAUAUGGAGACAUUUAUAAAGUGUAUUGAUGUCUCUUCAAAAUACAGUGAUGAUCGUGGUUUCACUGCAGUUAAACUUACAGCACUCGGACGACCUCAGCUUUUGCAACAAAUGUCUGAUUUUUUAGUACAGAUGAAACGAUUAUUUUUUCUACUUACCAAAGCAGACGAUGGAGAAAAAAAUGGACUUGCAUCUCUUGAUUUAGAAAAUUUUCGUAAAAAGUUGGAAGGAUUAGGUGUAAAGAUUGCAUAUAAUGAAGAUGUUAAGUGGUUUACUUUGUUGGAUGUUUCUGGGGAUGGUGUUUUAGAUUUACUUGAUUGGAGUCAUUUAAAGGCUUUCGAAUAUGAUCUUGCAAGUUUAUUUAGUAUAAAAAAUAAAAAGACUGGUGAAGUGGAACAACUUGUACCUACACUUACAGCUGAAGGUAUUGAGGAAAUGAGAAAUAUGAUAAAACGUAUUGAUACUUUAGCAAGUUAUGCAAAAUCUGCCGGUGUUCGAGUUAUGGUCGAUGCAGAACAAUCUUAUUUUCAACCAGCUAUAAGAAGAAUUGUGAUAGAAAUGAUGCGUUUAUUUAAUAAAGAUAAAGCUGUAAUAUUUGGCACUUAUCAAUGUUAUUUAAAGGUUUGUCAUUGA